CGCCAUUUUUUUCCUCAAUAGGGGAAGAAAGGGACACAGCACAAAAGGAGCCUAACGCAGAAGGGGCUUCGCAUACAUCAUCGUUCACGUUUGAUUACAUUCUUCAUCUGUGUGUUGACAGAGGAUGCUGCUCGGAUGAGUCGCUGUGUGCAGCGCUGGUGGUAGCAGACGCAGCUCACCGACACACACACACACACACACACACACACACACACACACACACACACACACACACACACACAGUUGAGGGCCGGUGGAAAGCCCUGGCGGAGGUGGCACAGCGACAACUAACGUCAAUCUGCACCGACAUUUGGACGAGGCUUCAGAGGAAUAAUGUAUCAGUAUCCAGUUGGAAAUAUUGAGAAGAUCCGAAAGGCACGCAAGGCGGUGAAAAACAUCCUUGGUGAGAUCGGCCUGGAAGACUGCCAGAACCUGUUGAAGGAUCUCAAUGAAAAGUCUGAGAAAAACGCUGCUGAAGACGAGGUCUUUCAGGAAACUGCUUGGGUUGAUAUCACAGAUGGAUACAAUGUCAGACUACAGAAAAAGUGGCCUUAUCGAUCUCGAGCUCUGUGCUGUACCAUGUGCAAGUACUCUUCACAAAACAUCUACAACUUCAGGAGCCAUGUCUCUCGUUGCCAUGGAUACGUGCAGUCAUUCUGUGCGCUGGCACCCUGCUCUAAGUGCGUCUUCAUCGGACACCCCAAGUUUGUCAAGAAGCACAUGCUGUUCUUCCAUGCCACCUACAUACAACCGCAAAGGGAAGUGCCUCUACCCGCCCAUCGCGGGAAUGAGCGGUACCAGUGUCGGAGAUGUGGAUUUCCGGCCUCCUCUAUCUUCACGAUGAAGAAGCACAUCAUCCUCAAGCACCUGGACAGUUUGGCAGAACGGUACAUCGGUUACAGAUUUCUCCCUCAAGGGACUACAUCUGUGAAGGUCUACUGCUGCAAGGUGUGCAAGGUGAACACUGGAAACCUAGACCAAAUGUUGCAUCACAUGCUGGUUGAGCCGUCGCACUAUUCAGUCAGCACACAAGUGCAGAGUCUGAUUUAUGAGAACAAGAACUUCACCAUUAAGGCAACACCUAAUGGGAAUGGCGUAUAUGUGACAUUCCCAAGCAUUGCUCCUAAACCGCAGCAACCUCAAAUGUUCAACAGUAAGUCCUUGGUUUUACCAAGUAAUGGCCAACCUGCUGGGACUGUGGUGGCCUUACAGCAUUUAGGAAGAACAAACAGUACUACUCUGUUCUGUACCCCCGGAACCAACCAGGCUUUUUUGCCCCCUCAAGCGUCAGCGCUAGUGCAGCUAGCUAGCGCUGAAGCUAAAGGUUUGCUCCAGCCUGGUGCCACGAUAGCCCUACGAGGUGCUUUGCCUCAAGGCCCGGGAUCUAUGGUCCAACUUCCCACAGUGUCAAACGUGUCUCUGAAACAGGCACCUAUGGCUCUAGCUCCUGCUCUGCCACAACAUACUCCAAAACCGCAGCAGAUCCUUCUCCCAUCAGGACUGCGGGCCAACAUGGCAGCUGGAGCUAUAGCGAAGCCUGCUGUGGAGACACAAAAUGCACCAACGAACCAAGUCACCCUACAAGGUACCAUGCUGACCUCGCAGUCCCUGCUGAGUCACUUGAUCCCAACUGGCAACAAGAUGAAUGGCAUGCCCACAUACACAUUUGCUCCACUGCAAGUAGCAAUGCCUGCCUCUCAGAGCACAAGUACCCCUCUCAAGACUGUUGAACAAACAAGGAACAUCACACCACAGACUAAGAAAUGGAUUACUUGUCCCCUCUGUAAUGAACUUUUCCCUUCUAAUGUCUUCGACGUGCAUACAGAGGUCGCCCACCAGCAAAAAUCCAACACGUCCAACUCGGAAAAUCUGGCGGCACGAGCAGCAUUCUUGAAAAAGAUGCCAGACAAAACGGUCAAAUGUCUCACGUGCAAAAUUCUUCUAUCAGAAAAAAGCGUCUUCCAACACCUUCUGCAUGGCCUGAAUUGUUUGUACUGCUCAGCUUUGUUCUUUUCAAUCAAACAGCUUGUUGAGCACGUAAAACAGCACAAUCCCACAAGCAAGACAUACUGUGACUUUCUGAGGCAGAAGUACAGGGUCUACUCUAAAGGUAUAGGAGGGAUCCUGUUCCCUUACUUUGACGUCCACACCACCGCACCAAAAGAGGUCUUAGGAGACACUGAGGUCAAUCUGGCUCUGGUCACAAGUUCACUCGACCUGAUCUUCUUUAAGUUGCAGCCCAGCAGCCAGCCGGACAUCUGCACGGCGACGGCGAAAAUCAACAGCGCGUACUGCCCCUUCUGUGACGAAAAGUUUCAGAAUGAAACCAAACACCUCCAGCACCUGAAGCAAAAACACUUAGUAGCACCCACCAUUCAUGCUAUUCUCAAGACGGAGGCUUUCAAGUGCAUAUACUGCAACGGUGUGUACACGGGCAAGGUCACCCAGCAGGCGGUGAUGCUCCACAUUCAGCGAUGCCGGUGUUCACCAAAACAACCGCCACCCAAAACUCCAGCAGUACCGCCACCACCACAACCACAACCACCACCACCACAGCAGCCAAAACCCGCUCAGCAGCUCAGUCAGCAACUCUACUUUUUCCAAAUGCCGCAAGGACUGGCUAUGAAACCAACGUUAGCUCCGGCUCGGUUGAUUCAAGCUGCUCCCACGGCGGCGCGUCCAGAGACAGACGCAGAGCAGCUGUCGAAGAAGAGGCUGGAGGCUGCGUGGAGGGAGGUCCUAGAGACCAACAAACGAGAGCGGGAACAGAAGGCGGCCAUGCGCAAGAAGCGAGAGCAGGAUAAGCUGUUGCCGCCGCCGCCGCCGCCACCGCCACCGCCGGAGCCCUUGAUUCAGAUCGACCCCACAGUGAAGCUGGUGCUGGAGCCCAGCGCGGUCGAGCGUCGCAGCAGCGAGGAGCGAAGGGACUUCAUAACCAAAUACUUCAACCUGAACCCCUACGCGACCAAGACCGAGAACGACGAGCUGUGUAAGAGGCUGUCCCUCACGAAGGCAGAGUUGGCGGCCCACUUCAGCAAGAAGCGCAGCAAGUGCAUGAAAAGCCUCAAGAGGAACACGACUGCCAUAUUCCUCGGCUUUAACAUGACAGAACUGAGCAAAGUCAAGCACAACCUCAUAAUGCCCGAACAGCAGCCCGCCGAUACCACAGAGCAGAUGGAAAACAGUGAGGAUGGACCAGAGCCGAUGGAUGAAAGUGGAAAUGAGAAAGUUAGUGAUGGGGAACCGGUGCAGCAGAUGGAAUAAGGUCGAGAAAUGUGUGAAAAUGUCCCUAAUUAAAUAACAGAAAACAACCCAGAUACUUAAAUGACAGCCUUUUGUGUUGGCGGUCACUAGAGAAGUUCAUCAUGCCGUGCUUACAAUGCAUCAACUAACAUACAAGUCACCUGUAAGUGAGGGCAUUCUCUUAUUGUAGCCCACAUUAAUAGUGUUUGACUUCAGUAUGUAGUCCGUGGUCCGCAUCCUAAUUUCCACAUGAAUGCAGAGAAUAUAAUAAUGAAGAUACAGAUGUAUCGUCUGUGAGAUAUAAAGGUGUCCGACUGUCGAGCUGGAACGAUAUUUAGCUGGUUACAAUCUGAUAUUCAACAAUGGCUACUGACUUCAACUCAAGCACUGAUUUGCUCCUGUUAGCUGCUUUUUUUGCACCCUUUAUUUAAGUCCAUUUGUAACUGUAAUUCCUACAUCACUGCUUGUCUGCUAAUAUCAGGAUUUAAGUGCACACUUCAACAUAGACUUGUUUUAUAAUUAUAGUAUUAUUUUCUUUAAUUAUAUGAAUAGUUUUGUCUUACAUAUUUGGACCUAUAUGUGUGUCAUGUUCUUUUUUUUUUUUAUCGUUCAGAUUGUUCUCAUCACUCCCUCACUUCACAUUUAAACAGAUUAAGGGGAAAAUGUUUCUCGCUCACCAACUCAACUGCAGAAGGUGAAUGUUCAUCUUGCAGUUAUGAAGCCAAAUUGUUAAGAAUGUAAAAAUAUUUGCGUUGUCAGGUUGCUGCAUUCUCAGUCAAGGAACUCUUGGUUAUUAUAUAUUUCUGACCAUGUUGCUUGCAUGAGCAUUUGUUUUUGUUGUCGGAUGAAAUUAUGAUUUGUGCCAUUGUGACAUUUGCAUAGACCUGAGGAAAUUGAACGAGAGAUUCAACAAAAUAUAAAACAAGUUAUUGGGUGGACACCAUAUGUCUUUUGUUCUUCUGACGGCAGUUUUUUUUGUACCACACUCGUAUUUUCUAGAAGUCCUAGAGGAUCAAAAAUGUUGGGAGAGGUGCAAAUUAUCAUUCUGUCCAAGGCCACUGUGUUAUAACAAAUAAAGUGGUUUCCUUUUCCGUAAAUGAUUCAUUAAUUGUUAUUUUUUGUUUAAUAAUAAAAACCUGUAAUAUUAAAUC